AUGGCAUCCAUCUCAGCUACCGAGUUGCCCAAGCAGCUAUUUAUCAACAACGCAUUCGUCGACUCCAAGUCUAACAAGACAGUAUUCUUCAGAAUACUGGACAGGGCUGUAUGGUCUCUAGUCGUGUUUAUGUCUAGGAGGGUCUCUAUGAUGAGUUCAUUGCGGCUUAUCGAGAUGCGAUGGAGGCUCGCGCAAAGGGGUUUGGUGACGUGA